AUGGAGAACGAGAAGGGAGAGAUCGUCGAUCUCUACGUGCCCCGCAAGUGCAGCGCCACCAACCGCAUCAUCAAGGCCAACGACCACGCCUCUGUCCAGCUCUCUGUCGGCAAGGUUGAUGAGAACGGCCGCUACACCGGCGAGAACGAGACCUACGCUCUCUGCGGCUUCAUCCGUGCCCGCGGUGAGAGCGAUGACUCCUUCAACCGCCUCGCUCAGCGUGAUGGUUACCUGAAGAACGUCUGGUCUGGCAACAGCCAGCGGUAA